UUGCAUAGUGAAAGAGCGAGAACGCAAGCACUGCAGAGCGGCUGCAAAACAUGGCAGUCGGCAAGGGAAAGCGAGAUGAGAUCUGUUGAUUGUUUAUUUGCAAAGCCGUAGAAUAGCAUUGUUACACGAAGUGUGCACCGGCCAAACGAGGAGAUUUUUUAAAAAACGCACCAUGCAGCAAAAAAAAACACGGAGAAGAAAUGGUUUGCGAAACGGAAUACCUAAUGGCCAAAGCCUGGCGAUACGCUUGUUACAGAAGGCUGUGGUUCACAUGCAAUGAUCGCAAGGAGAUACAAAAAUCGAUUUUAUUUGAUUCAUGGUGCACUGGUACGAGAGCUUGUUCUGGACAACUGCAGGUCAAAUGAGGGUAAAAUUGAAGGCCUGACAGCAGAGUUUGAAAACCUGGAGUUUCUCAGCUUGAUAAAUGUUGGCCUGAUAUCUGUUGCAAACCUUCUUCGCCUUCCUAAACUGAAAAAGCUCGAACUAAGCGACAACAGGAUUUCUGGAGGGUUAGACGUCUUGGCGGAGAAACUACCAAAUCUCACACACCUAAAUCUCAGUGGAAAUAAACUGAAAGACAUCAGCACAUUGGAGCCUCUGCAAAAGCUGGAAAGUUUGAAGAGCCUAGACCUUUUUAACUGUGAGGUGACGAACCUAAAUGACUACAGAGAGAGUGUAUUCAAGCUCCUCCCACAGCUCAUGUACCUAGAUGGAUACGACCAGGAAGACCGGGAGGCUCCUGACUCUGACGCGGAAGCAGAUGGCGUUGAUGAUGAUGAGGAUGAUGAAGAAGGUGAGGAAGAGGAGGAAGACGAUGAGGAGGAAGAUGGAGAGGAAGAGCUUGAUGAUGAGGAGGAUGAAGAUGAAGAAGGGGAAGAUGACGAAGAUGAAAUCAGUGCAGAGGAAGAGGAGGGAUAUGGACAAGAUGGAGAAAUUGAUGAAGAGGAGGAUGAAGAGGAGGAGGAUGAGGAUGAAGAUGAAGAUGAAUGUGCAAAAGGGCAGAAAAGAAAACGAGACACAGACGAUGAAGGGGAAGAAGAUGAUGAUUAGGAAUCCAAGUGACCUGAAAGACUAUUUAGUACUCAAUGGGCUCUACUGCCCUUCCUGCCCCUCUUGAGCCCUACCCCAGAUUGGCAAUUGCUGGGUAUCGUCACAGCACUGAAUAUCACUGAGCCAGCAGUUGUCACUGUCUUGACAUUCCAUGUAUUUAUAAUGCAGUUAAUCGAUAUUCCAUGGAGUAGUAAAACUGGGUAGAAUUUGGUCCAGUGCUUUUAUGAUGUUGGGGUUUCUUAGGUUUCCUGCUAAGACUAUUACCAUAGCAACAAGAACAGAUGAAGUGAUUUGGAUAGUCAUGUUUGUAAAAUGGCUGCCUGUUACAGAGAGGUUAUAGCAUUGAUCUUUAUGUAAGUCAAAAGCUUUGUAAAUAAAAUCUUAAAAUUUUGGAUUUGUUCUACAUUGCAAUACCAUUUUGGGUGUUAUUUACAAAUGCAAGAUGUUUCUAAACUAACAGUUUUUGGAAAGUUAAUAAAUGGUUUCUUUUAAAAAGCCUAUUCAUUUUUAAGUUCAGUUUCUGGGCUUUUAGCAUGGAAGGUAGCUGUCUUGGUGGGAAUCGGAAUAAGCAUGGUGGCAUCCCUAGGUAGACGGGAUUCCAGACCCUUGGUGUAACCUAGAGUCUAUGCCUCUGCUUAAAAUCUGCCCAUCCAUGUGAAUAAGGGGGAAAAAUGAUGCCUAGCAUAGCCAGAUGGUCAAGACUUGUGCACCAAGAGUCCUUGGGAAACCAGAGCUCUUAAAACAGGACUGAGCAUCCAUUUGAAGUACAGGAGGGACAAAGAAAUCAGGAGAAGAGGAACACAAUCUCACAAAAAUGUUCAAUAGGACUGCCUGAGGAUGGUUGUCCUGUAGAAUUAAAGUUGAAAUUGACUCACCACUGCCCACUAUGGGAUAUAACUGUAAGAGCAGAAAAAAAAACAAAGAGUAGGUGAGCUUGCUCUGUCUUCCUUUUAUGAUCAUGGCUGGCCCUUUCUCCUAACUCCACUUCCUAGGCUCAAAAGCAUUUUCCGUAAAGCUCUGAGCAUCCAAAGAUCUUAUCAGUCUUGACCCCAAACAUACUAGAUGGCUACAUACCAUUGUCAACCCUCUGCGAUGAAUUAUUCCACCUGUUCUCAGCUAUGUAUCAUCCUGGGGAAAAGUACCUACUGGAACUUGUCCCAUGGGGUUGCUACCUCUUGCCUCUCUUAAAGCCCCACCCACUCUGACUCAGUAUUUUGUAUUUUCAGUUGAUUUGUGUCUAGUUUUAAUGUUGUUCUUGCUGGUCAUGAUAUACUUGUAAAUGUUGUGGCUUUUUUUUUUGCAUUGUUUAAAAUUGGGUUUAUUUCAGGAAGCAACUCUUGUGCCUUGGACUUUAUGCGUGCACUUGUGACUUGAUAAACACCAGUUGCCACAAUCAGUGUUAUUUCCUGGUGGAGAGCAUGUGAUCCCCCUUCACAGUGCAUCGUUAUGGUCCCUUUGUUCUGGUUUGCACUGUACUUGGAUGACCAGAAAAUACGAGCAGGAGUAGGCCAUCUGGCCCCUCAAGUCUGCCCCACCACUUUUAGUAUGAUCAAGGCUGACCUGCUCCAAGCCCCAUCUCCUUUUAUGGGCCAAUAACUUAAGAGUCUUCAAUUUAUUAAUCUUACGCUUUAAAAAAAAUGUUCUGUAUGUUUCCUGUUAAAUAACCCAAAUAAUCUAACUUCACAUCCCUCUGGGGUAUAGAAUUCUGAAAUCCUCAACCUCUGGGGGACAUGGUUUCUUAAUUUUUAAGUUUAUGUAAUACAUAAUUUCUUUUAACACUAGCUGAAUUAGUAGGUAAAAUGAUUGGAUGAUUAAAGUGCAGCAGAGGAAUAAUCCUGUUAUAUUAAAUUGCACAACAGAGGACUGUUUGGUCAUCUCCUGUUUCUAGUUUUAUUCUUAUGAUAUUAUUUCUUUUUUUAAAAAAAAAGCACAUCUUGCAGGAGUGUUAAUGCGGAUGUCUCACUGGUUUCCCAAACAUUCAGGGAUUUGUGCCCAGCAACAAGUCAAUUGAGCAGGAUAUGUCUGUCUGGGUCAACAACUCAACCUGGGUCACCUCAAUAAUUCAUCUUUAUUGAAACUUGUAGCUUAUCCCCAGUACUGGAAUAUUCAAAAAUGAGAGUGCUUUGCUCAUGAAGAUCCCAACACUUUCAGAGGGCAAAAUAAACAAAAAACUGCAGAUGUCUGAAAUCUGAAGUAAAUAUGGAAAAUGUUGCCAGCACUCAGUUGAUCAGGUAAUAUCUGUGGAAGGAGAAACACACACAAAUAAAUAGACUUCUGCUAAUAUAGAGAUGUCCCAUACCCAAAGUUAGAAUAGAGGUCUAAUUCAGUAAACCAUAAACAGAGCGAAGGAAGUUUUGCCAAACUCCUGCAGAGACUGUCUGUUCUCAGACUUGACACAAAAUGCCGGUGGGAUGUACUGCACAUUGAUCAGCUGUUGAUGUUUGAUCUUGGCCUCAGGAAUUUCCUUCGAGCCUCUGCGCUACAGAGCAAAGCCUUUCACUAAGGAAAGACUCACAUUUUAAUAGCACCUUUCAUCCCAAAGCAAUUUCCAACUAGUUAAGUAGUUUAGAAGUAAACUACUCUUGUAAGAUACAUAUCAGAUCAUUUGUGAGCGUGGAGUUCCCAUAAAACAGCAAUGCAGUCUUUAUUUUUGAUUGAGUGAUCAGCAUUGCCAAGGGUAGAAGGCAGUUCUCCUGCUCAUUAACAAAUAUUACAAUAUGAAUUUGUCCCUUCACCUGAGAAAGCAGAUCUGGCUGAGCAGCUCAUCUGGAUGUCUGCCAGGAAUUUUGUUGGAAUCUCUGGAGUAUGACCUGAACCCAGAACCUUCUAGUCAAGAGGGUCAAUUGUGGCCGUAAGUUCUAUAGCUAAUACGAAUAAAUGUUUUAGGAUGGAGAAUGUUGGGAGCCUGUUCCAAAUGUGAUGUUAUGCUCUGAGUCAGAAUGAGUUUGAACACGAACUCAGCAUUUAAAUUAGCAUUCAUGGACAAUAAAAUCAUAUAGGAGCAGAAUUUGGCCAUUCCAUCAUGGCUGAUUUACUGUCCCCCUCAGCCCCAUUCUCCUGCCUUCUCCCACUAACGUUUGAUGUCUUUGAGAAUCAAGAAACUAUCAAACUUCACUUUAAAUAUACUAAAUGACUUGGACUCCACAGCCGUCUGUGGCAAUGAAUUGCACAGAUUCACUACCCUCUGGCUGUAGAAAUAUCUUCUCACCUUUGUUCUAAAUGGAUGUCCCUCUUUCCUGAGGAUGUGCUUUCUGGUCCUGGACUCCCCCACUAUAGGGAACAUCCAUUCAAUCUAGGCUUUCAAUAUUUGAUAGAUUUCAAUGAGAUCCCUGCUCAUUCUUCUAAACCUCAGUGAGUACGGGCUGGGAACCAUCAAACGCUCCUCAUAUGUUAACCCUUUCCUUCCCGGGAUCAUUUUCAGGAACAUCCACUCCUCCCCAAUGCCAGCACAUCCUUUCUUAGAUGAGGCAAAAAGCUGACCAUUUGAGUUAAGACCAUGCAUUAGGAUCUGAUGCAGUCCUGGGGUCCUGAUGUAGAGUAUCAACCUGAAGAGUUGACUUGCACCAUUUGUCUCCACAGAUGCUGAUUGACCCACUGAGUUCUUCCUGCAUUGUGUUUUUCUAGAUCCCAGCAUUUGUUGUUUCUUUUUUUCUGAGUUUGAAUACUAUUGUUUAGUUUGGUUGGAGUUUUGAUGUAUGAAGGAGUGAAGCAGGGGAUGACGAGAUGUUUCCCAUUGGCGCUAAAAGUCUGGUCUUUAAAUCUAGAAUGUCAUGUUUCUAAAGGAAGAACAUAAACUCUAAAAAUCAGAAUGUUAUCCUCCUUGUGUUUUUCAAAGUCCCUUCGUUGUGGAACGAAUAACCUUAUUAAGUAGUUCUUAAAAUUAAAAAAAAAUUGUUUAAACUGUUUUAAUCUCAGGAUGAGCCAAAGAGAUUUGCAACCAAUAUAUUAAUUCUGAAAUGUGACCAUUAUUGUUACAUAGAAAAAUGCAGUAGCUUACUUGUAUACACAAAGCUCCCACAAGUAUUAAAUAAAAUGUCCUAUUUCUUGAGUGAUGUUAGCUAAAGAAUAAAAAUUAACAAAGACAUUACGGUCAUUAUUACUAACUUGACUCUCACUUUUGUGUUUAGUAUUUUCUAGCAUAGGAACUUUUUGAAAGUUGUGGAACAUUGUGCUAUUGGUUCCAUGCCAUAAAAGGAACUUAAGAACUGCUAAGUUGGUGGCAUUGCCAUGUGAUUAGUAAUAAUGCAUAAGAAUGAUCUCAGAACAGUCUUAAAAAGAAAGCAGACUGAUUUCCCAGUUGCAUGAUUUAAUAUAAGUGUAGUAUUUAAACGAUACCAGUUCUUAGCAAAGUAAAAGUUGUAACUGGAUCACUCUGCUCCCUUUACAAUCUAGAAACCUUUCCAGACUGGGUAAGCAAAUUUCCAAGUAUUCUGCUGAAAUUGUUUGAGUAGAAAUUACAAACAGAGUUGUAUUUGGAGCACAUGUUAUCCUGCUCAUUUAGUAAUGUGAGUUUAAAGAAAAAGAGCAAGGUAACAAUGCCCUCAGAUAACUCCAAAUUAAUAGGCAUAGGAGGAAGAUGCGUGUUUACAGACUCAAGUCUGGUAAAGAUAUGUAAAAUAUUUUUGAUUUGUUGCUUGGAAUAUUCGUUGAUUAAAUUGGCUUACAGAGAAAGUGCUCUCCAUGACAAAAUAAACAUGAUGUGUAUUCAGCAUUUAUUAUUGUUGGGGAAGAAAUGAUUUAUAUGUGUAGAAUAUAUAUAUAUAUAUAUAUAUAUCUCUUCCUUGAAAAUUGCAAAUGGAUUUGCAUCUACCAUUUAUGGUUUGGAUAGCAGGUUGUAAACCUCAAAGUGCAUUUGUUAAUAAUCACACCAGAGCUUAAAAUGUAAAAAGUACAUGCACCUGUUCAAUUCUUUCAGCAAGAAUGUUUUAGAGAGAUUUGUGUUUAGGGCUUAUUUUGAUUGUCUUACAGAAUACUGUGUGUGUUUCUGCAUGCACAGGUGUGUGUAAUUAUCUCAACAAUAUCUAUGAUUGCAGCAGCAAUUUUGAUUAAACAUACUCG